GGGGCGGGCGCGGGCAGCGGCGGGCGGCCGGGCUGUGCUGGGCGAGCGGCGGCGGCGGCGGCGGCGCGGACGGCGGGGGCGCCUCGGCCGGGGCGGCAGCGGGGCGCCGGCGGGAGCCAGCAGCGUCUGCAGCCGCGCCGGCCGCCCGCGCCCCGGCGCGCUCCGGCUCGGCCAUGGAGCUGCCAGCUGUUGGCGAGCACGUCUUCGCGGUGGAGAGCAUCGAGAAGAAGCGGAUCCGCAAGGGCAGAGUGGAGUAUUUGGUGAAAUGGAGAGGCUGGUCCCCCAAAUAUAACACGUGGGAACCCGAGGAGAACAUCCUGGAUCCCCGGCUGCUGAUCGCCUUCCAGAACAGGGAACGGCAGGAGCAGCUGAUGGGAUAUCGGAAGCGAGGGCCGAAGCCCAAACCACUGGUGGUGCAGGUACCUACUUUUGCCCGUCGUUCCAACGUGCUGACCGGACUCCAGGACUCCUCGGCUGACAACCGCGCCAAGCUGGAGCUGGGUGGUCAGGGCAAGGGCCAGGGGCACCAGUACGAGCUCAACAGCAAGAAGCACCACCAGUACCAGCCGCACAGCAAGGAGCGGGCGGGCAAGCCCCCACCGCCAGGCAAGAGCGGCAAAUACUACUACCAGCUCAACAGCAAGAAGCACCACCCCUACCAGCCGGACCCCAAAAUGUAUGACCUGCAGUACCAGGGCAGCCACAAGGAGGCGCCCAGCCCCACCUGCCCGGACCUAGGCGCCAAGAGCCACCCGCCCGAUAAGUGGGCCCACGGCGGGGGGGCCAAGGGCUACCUGGGAGCGGUGAAGCCCCUGGCCGGUGCGGUCGGGGCUCCAGGCAAGGGCUCCGAGAAGGGUCCCCCCAACGGGAUGACGCCGGCCCCCAAGGAAGCGGUGACGGGCAACGGGAUUGGGGGCAAGAUGAAGAUAGUCAAAAACAAGAACAAGAACGGACGCAUCGUGAUCGUGAUGAGCAAGUACAUGGAGAACGGCAUGCAGGCGGUGAAGAUCAAGUCAGGGGAGGCAGCCGAGGGCGAGGCGCGCUCCCCCAGCCACAAGAAGCGGGCUGCCGAGGAGCGUCACCCCCCUGCAGACAGGACUUUCAAAAAGGCCGCGGGGGCGGAGGAGAAGAAGGUGGAAACGCCCUCCAAGAGGAGGGAGGAGGAGGGGCCGGGGGCCGGGGACCCGCAGCCCCAGGAGGCCGGCUCCCGCAAGCUCUCCCCGACCAAGGAGGCCUUCGGCGAGCAGCCCUUGCAGCUCACCACCAAGCCUGACCUGCUGGCCUGGGACCCGCCCCGCGGCACACAGCCGCCCUCCCACCAUCACCACCACCACCACCACCACCAUCACCACGCCGUCGACCUAAAUCUCUCCCACGCGCGCAAGCGCUGCCUCUCCGAGACCCACGGCGAGCGAGAGCCCUGCAAGAAGCGCCUGACAGCGCGCAGCAUUAGCACCCCCACCUGCCUGGGGGGCAGCCCCACCGCCGAGCGCCCCGCGGACGUCCCCCCCGCAGCCGCCCUCCCGCAACCGGAGGUCAUCCUGCUGGACUCAGACCUGGACGAGCCCAUAGACUUGCGCUGCGUCAAGACGCGCGGCGAGGCCGGGGAGCCGCCCAGCGCCCUGCAGGUGAAGCCUGAGGCGCCCGCAACCGCGGCGGUGGCAGCUGCGCCGGCGACAGCGGCCGAGAAGCCUCCGACCGAGGCCCAGGACGAGCCCGAGGAGCCACUCAGCGAGUUCAAACCCUUCUUUGGGAAUAUAAUUAUCACCGACGUCACCGCAAACUGCCUCACCGUCACGUUCAAGGAGUACGUGACGGUGUAGCCGAAGGGCUUCGGAAGGGAAAGCGCUGUACCCGCCGGGGCUUAACACCUGGGGCCUGGGGGCGGACUCCUCCUCUUUCCGACUGCGGGAGAUCCGGGCCGGGCCCCAGCGCGAAAAUGCCAGAAGCCGCGGCAACCGCGCCCCUCCACCGGGUUCUGGCUGGAGCGCCCGGCCCACACUGGCGCCUUCCACGCCGUGCCUGCGGGUCUCGCCCCUCAUCUGCCCCAUCCCCUCUCUCGUGGACCUCCGGGACUGACAGGGCAGCCACUCGAGGCGGUCUAAGAGUUAUAGUAUUAUAUUUUAACCGUGCUAACUUGUCAAGUGCAGACUUUACUCCCGUUUGUACGUGGUGUUAUUAUUGAAAUGUAUUGUUUGAGCUCAAAAGGCCCACCACCCCCCUUCGGGCUGAUAUAUAUAUAUUUAUUUGUAGGUAUUUAUAUAUUGAAAUAUAAAAACCUAGAUUUAUGGAGUUCUCUCUAGAUCAUGUUAUAUUCUAUAUCAGACAAACUAUUUUCUGUUGACCUUUCUACCCAUUCAUUCAGUAUUUCGGUUGAUUUCAUUUCCUCCCCUUCCAGGAACUGCAAUACCAGUAACCUUGGUAUAUAUUUUUUGAUACUGUACACAUGGAUGUGUUGUUUCUAUGUGCAAAAAAAAAUUUUUUUUGUUAAAAGGCUAAACGAGCUCUCUAGAAACUGCUGCUACUAGAAAUGUCUAAACUAUAAGCUUCCAAUUAUUACCUGCUUGAAUGUAAAUAUUAAAUGGAGAUGUUGAAGGUG